CUGCUAACUUUAAUGUCAUAAAUGCACCACCCGGGAAGUAAAGUGUAUCUCGCAAUUGCCAUCAGAUCGGAACUUUAAGAACAAGAUAGAAGCAAUACUAGUGGCUAAUAUAUAUACAUAUAUGUAUACAUAUAUAUUACUAGAGUUCCAAGGCGUCUAUGGUCCAGGUUUUAGGGUCUAGCGUCUACGAGUCAUAUAUAUCGGCAAAGAGUAAAGGACUAAAAUUAUUAUAUGGAGUUUUAGUACUAUAUGCGGUAUGUGUCGGUAAAGUAUAAAUAUCUAUGUAUUUGUAUGUAUAUGUGUAGAUAGAUUUAUAAGUAAAAGCAUAUGAGACAAUAUUAUAUAUUUUAUAGGUAUCUAUAGAUAUAGUAUGUAAUAUGGAUGACGAAGAAAGAGCGAAUGAGUGCAAAGAAGCUGUUAGACACAACACACUCAACGGACCUCCCAUCAAUAUGCGCGACCAAAUGCCGUUAAGAUAUUAUGCAUUUGUGACCCGGCACGCGUCGAAAUACAUGCUGAGUGCAUCGUUCCACGUCAACGCAUUCGUCUCUCAUCCUCUUAAGUGGGCUCUUUCCACACUCUUGUCUGGCAUCCUUUUCACUUAUGUUACUUUUACCUCAUCGUACUAUCAUCUCACUUACACGGUGAUUUACGAACCAUCAACAAUCACUUCCAAAGACCUUCAGCCUCUCCACGAGCCACUAAUUUGUCGGCAGAAUGGCGUCUUUAUAAUCAAAACUGUGGACCUGGAGCCAAGAUAACUGGGACGAAUUGAUGUGUCCUAGGUCCUAUCGCUACCGUGAAG